AUGUGUCAUUAGGUAUAAUCAAUCGAGCGACCGGAUAUUCUACUUACAUUUAUUAAAUUCAAAUAAAAACUUUAAAGAUAAUACUUAAAAAUUAUUAGAUGUCUACUAUUUUUUUUUAAAUUGAUAUAUUUUAAAGCAUAUGUAUAAUUAGUUAUACAUCUGAUAAUAUCCUGAAAGUUAUGUUUCCGUUUUUAACAAUAUGGCCGCCAGUUGUUUAGGGUAAUGUGGCGUUCGACAAAACUGAGUGAAAUUAAUAAAAUAUUUAUAAGUGAUGUAAAGAUGUAUAAAGUCUUCAUUAUUUUAUAGCAGUGUUAAAUGACAAAGACCGAUUUACGUUUUUAUUUCGUGUAUAAAUUUUGGACACAUCGUCUUCUAAAUUGAACAGUCAACAAACUUUUGUUUAUUUCAUUAGAGUGAAUUUGUUUGUUUCUCCUGGUAAUAUUUGAUUAUGAACCAUCCAUACGUGUCUUGAAGUAGUGGACUAAGGACUGACGUGGACACAAUAGGUUAUGGCAAACUUGAAUUUCCAGCAAGCGCCUAGAAGCUUAGCGAGCGGCGGUGUGGGCGGUCGUGUAAGCUCAGGGCUCGUAGGAGGUGUGUCAGGACAUGUAACGCCAACGUUCGGGGGCGCCCUGUCCCCGGGACGGGGUUCCACGGCAAUGCCUGGUGGCGCCCCAGCUGCUAUGGCCUCGAGAACUACUCUUUUUGGUCAGCGAGCAUUCGCGGACAGAAGGGUGCCCAUGCCGACGACACUGUCACAGCAACCCAACUCAAAUUCCAUGUCGAGUAUGGGUAACCUAUCUCGGUUCAACGCCGGCAGCAAUUACCAUUCUGUGUUCGGCGAGGGCGGGGAUACAUCGACGCCACCACUAUUAGACCUAAGCGAGUUCCCAUCGUUGACGGCGCGCGGCGCAGGAGACCAGGCGCCUGCCGCCGCGCCGCCGCCCCCUGGCUCUAAACCUUACGUGGGUAUGGUGAAGCAGCCAACAUCCGAGCAGUCGGAGUUCACGAUGUCGUCAGAAGACUUCCCGGCGCUGCCCGGCACGUCGAGUACGGGUGCGAGCGCGGCGGCAGGUGCUGGCGCGGCGGCGGGCGGCGCGGGCGCGGGCGCGGGCGGCGCGGCCGCGGCCGGCGUGACCACACAGGCCGGCCCGCCCCCCGCCUCGCACGCACACCCCUCGCACGCCGCUCUCGCCGCCGACUACACCAACCACAGCACGGACAAACCUAGAAAGGGCAUACAGACCUCGCCUGAUGUUGUCAGUCAAGGAGCACAUACGGAAUUCUAUGGUACAGUAACAAACAUACCAGAGACGAUGAUACCAAACCAGUUUGGUAUCGUAGGACUGUUGACCUUUAUCCGAGCAGCGGAGUCAGAUCCCAGUUUAGUGUCGUUGGCGCUAGGUCAGGAUCUGACUGCAUUAGGAUUGAAUUUAAAUUCACCGGAUAAUCUUUAUCUCACGUUCGCUGGACCAUGGGCGGAUACACCUUGCAGACCACAAGACUUGGACUAUCACGUGCCUCCCGAAUACCUUAUAAAUGGCUCUAUUAGAGAAAAACUGGCACCACUACGACUAAGUCGAUAUAAAGAAGAUCUAUUGUUUUACUUGUUCUACUGUUUUGUGGGCGAUGUACUACAAAUUGCUGCUGCAGCUGAGUUAUAUAACCGCGAGUGGCGAUAUCAUAUGGAGGAGAAGGUGUGGAUCUCUCAAGCGCCCGGCAUGCCAAUGGUGGAGAAAACCUCUACCUACGAGCGCGGCACCUACUACUUCUUUGACGCGCAUAAUUGGCGCAAGGUGGCGAAAGAAUUUCACCUAGAUUACAGCAAGCUCGAGGGCCGACCGCAGUUGCCGCCGCACGUGCUCACGUAGCGCUCCCGCUGCAACCAUUCUCACAUACCUAUUGUAGUUUUGUUAUAUAAAAAGUACAAGUUUAAAAAAUA